UCCAACAGACAGCUGUGCAAAUAGCUCGCACGUGCGCGAGUUCCCACGACUUUUCCACUGCAGGCCGCCCGAGCUGGACGCUUGUGUCGACACAAAGGAAUAAUUAACGCCGCGCCAAAUGUUUACAGAAGAGCAUGUUGUGUUUCUAUGUGUACAUGGAUUUAUAGGCACACUUUCACAUGUGUAUAUAAUGUAAAGAGAUUGGAAGACUCCGGGCGACUGGCCCAAAAGGUCCAACCCCCCCCUCUCAAGGUCAACACAAGCUUUAAGCUUUUGCACUUUCACCUCGUCUCUGCAGGAUGCACCUGACUGUCCCCCUGCUCGUCCUGUUUCCUCGGCCUCCCAGCACGUGAGCCCUCUCACAUCUCUGUCAUCUCUUUCCCAGGAUGCGCUUGAGCGUUUUUUUUGCAUUGUCCAUUUGGAUUUCCCGGCGUGAUGACGCAGUGUGGGAGUUUUCGAGAUCUUGACCUCGCCUUCUUCGUCCGUGAUGUCGCCACCGUGUCUCUCAGUGCUGGGUUCGCACGCUCUGCUGCGGUGCAGGGCCACGAUCCUCUGCACGGUGCCCGACCGCUCGCCGUUGCUGGACUACGCCGAGUGCGGCGGUUACUGUGGGCUGGGGGGCUCUGGCGCUCCUGUGGAUGAGCUUGACGGGGGAGGGCUGGUUCUGGUUCAGGUUCUGCACUGCGCUUUGGACGAUGUGGUUCUGUAUAUUACCUCGAACCUUAUUGACAACAAUCCGUGUGAGAAGUUCAUCUGUGAGUGUGUCAGGUAGGCGGCCAUGUGCUUUGCCAACACAGAUUACACUGAAGGCGACGCCCGCCUUCCCAGGGGUCGCUGCGAGUAG